CGUCUCUAGAUGAACGAGUAUCACUGGUGGAAGUGAAAUCAACCUCUAUGCCGCCCUAUAAUGCAGCUGGUACUGCAGCAUCUAGGCAGCCUGCAGUGUCAAUGGUUUCUCUUGCCCAGCAAGCUUAUGAGAGCCUGUGCUUCGACUUUCCAGUUGUGGAGACACCUGUAUUGGCUGCCCUUGCCAGUUCCUUCAGAACAAACUUAUCUGGGGAUGGCAGACUUCAAUUCCCAAUUACUUCACGUUUUGUAUCUGGUCUCCAGUACCUUGCGGAGACGCAUUUUGAAAAAGAAAAGUCUGCUCAAGGAGAUGUUGAUUCCAGGAGCAGUCAUUUGGUGACUCUUUGUGGUUGUGUAUUUUUAAAGGCACCAUCUAGAGGACUUGCUGCUGCUACACGUGAUGAUGGGGCAAUUCUGAACCGAUUACUGGCAUCCUAUGAAGCCUUGCAAGAAGUUGAGCAGGAUGAUCUUCAGUCCGUAGAGGAACUGUGCUCAGAAACCACUUCCGAGCUAAUUUCUGAAAAUUACUCAUCAGAACUUGGAAAUGAACAGAUGGCAGAUGAACUGGACGAUGAUGAUACGGAAUGGGAGCCCAUUGAAACGCCAAACAAUGAAGUGGUAUCUGUCAGGAGUCCAGCAACUGUACUGACGCAAGAGAACUCUGUGGCUGAGUGGCCCGUUCUUUUGUCGAAAGUGACUGCACUAGUUAGUUCGGCUCCUUCUGAGGUGACCAGCAUUGGAGCUGUUUGGGACGCCUUACAACUCACUGAAGACUUGAUAAAUGCUCUGAAGGUCUUGAGACAGGUCGAGAAAACCAAGAGUGUUGAUGUAAUGCCUUUAGCGAGACUAUAUACUGGAGUCAUGUGUGAUCGUGUUACUGAACGUGCAAACUCUUCAAGGGGACAGGAGUUAGGGCGGUUGGUUACUGCAAUAGUAGGCAUGGCUGCGAAUAAUACAGAUGGGCGAGUCUCUAAGAGUGAUAACAAAGAUUGGGAGUGUUUGGCUUUAAGAGUCUUGGCCACUCUCAGCUACAAGCUGAAAGGUCCUGGCAACCACGAACGUUCAUUGUGGCCGAUACUUUCAUCAAAUUUGCCUUUUCUUGAGCAGCAGCUUACACGACUUUUGGUUGGAGCUUCAGUUACAGCGCCAGCAGAGGAAUUGGAGAUGGUAUUUCGAAGCUUAUGCUUCUGGCUGCAGCAUGCACCAGGAAAUGCAUCUGUUGGGUCUUUGCUCAUGCAGUCUGGUAUUCUGAGAACUGCAUUGCAAGUGUUCUUGAAAACGGGAACAGAACCACAAAUGGAGGCUUUGCGUGAGUUUCUUUUGCUUGCAAUGGCUCGUUCAAGGGAGGUAGCACAGUAUCUAGUUGAAGUGCCCACCUUUUGGGCUGCCAUAUCUGACACUAGAUUUUUGAGUGAGGAUUCGCUGACUAGGUCACAUGGAUUGGUAUGGCCUCUACUGCUGAGGGCAGGAAAUCGACAGAGCAAGACACCCGCUCUAGAGCGCUACAAUCAAGCAGAAAAUGUUCUUAACCAUGAAGUCUGCCUAACUGCUGAAUUAGGCGAUGUCCAGGAAUUGGUAAACAAUACGCUGGUACUCACGAGAUUACUACGAGUACUUCAGCAGCUUGAAGCAGCUUGCUCAGCAUCCUCAGAUAAGUUAUGGCAAAGAGGCGGUUGCUUAGAUAAAGGUCUCACACGUUGCUAUACGGCGUUGUGCUCUUUAUCUGCCACACUACGUAACCUGGAAGGUCCAAAUAAAGGAGGCGAUUCUGGUGAUGAAGAAAGGAGGACUGAGAAGAUUGCGGAAUUGUUGUCUAGGAUGGUGCCCAUGGCAAAGAAGUUGACGGCAAUUACCAAGGGUGAUGGAAGUUCAAAAGCGGAUUGAUUGAUGUCACUCGAUUUAAGCGUGGAUAGCUUAUAAAGACCACACAAGCAAGAUGAAGUAUGCCACGUUGGAUUGUCUACAUACCAUCAGGUUACGCUAGGUGAUAGAUUCUCUUGAUCAUUCAGUUCUCAUGCAUUGACCUGCGAGAACGAGUUAGACGUUAGUUGUGAGUCUUGUGAUUGAGCACUACGUGACAGUCGUAGUAUGUGAGAAGAGCUUGAGGUUGACAUCGAUGUAUUAGAUGAAUUUCAAACGUUGCGACUACGUAUUGUGGUUUGCCAUGAAAUUAGGUUUAGUUUGGGUAGUGUACGUUCCCACAACUCUCUCCCUCUCUCUCGAGCAGCAUACCGUAUGCUCUGAAUCACCCUUCGUUCUCCCUUUUUCUCCUCUCCGAUUUGGUUGUCCGGUUACACAAGAAGUUUUUUGCAAAAUUGGAUUUAGAGUGAAGGUAUGACGAAAAGCACAUCUUAUCCAACCUGUGUUCAAGUCGAAACCCAUGGAUAUCAAUUUCAUCUUUUCCGGAAAAUCAA